CCGGCAUCCCGCACCGCUCCUCUCCCCUCCCGUCCCCCCAAAACGCCAUCCCCGCGCCGUGCCCCGGCCGUGCCCCCUCCCCUCCCAGCGCCCAUGGGGAAGAGAGGAUGCCCUCGUAGAUCCCGCCGAGCUCCUGCCUGCGCUGCCUGCACCAAGAGGACACACGGUGAGCAGCGGCGGCAGCGAUGAGAGCUCCGGCCCUCGCCUGAUGCCUCUCCUCCUGACAAAAAUGAUCAACAAGUCUCGAGGGAAGAUCCUCGGGGUGCUGGCGUUGUUUUUGGUGAUGGUUUGGUACUCGAUCUACCGGGAAGACAGGUACACACAGCUCUUUUAUUUCCCCGUGCAAGAAAACAAGACGACGUGUCCGGCCGGGGAGGUGGAGAGGAAAGCGGCGCAGCUCAUCGGGAACUACACGAGGGAGCAGCCGCUGUUCCUGCAGCUGAGCGAUUACUUUUGGGUGAAGGCGCCGGCGCUGUACGAGCUGCCCUACGGCACGAGGGGAAGCGAAGACGUCCUGCUGCGCUUGCUGUCCAUCACACACUACUCACUGCCUGAGAGCAUCCAGAGCCUCAAGUGCCGCAGGUGUGCUGUGGUGGGCAACGGCCACCGGCUCCGCAACAGCUCCAUGGGGGACACCAUCGACGCCUACGACGUGGUCAUCAGGCUGAACAACGCGCCAGUCCACGGUUACGAGCAGGACGUGGGCUCCAAGACCACCAUGCGCCUCUUCUACCCAGAGUCGGCUCAUUUCAACCCCAGGACGGAGAACAACCCCGACACUCUGCUGGUGCUGGUGCCUUUCAAACCUGUGGACUUCCAGUGGAUGGAGGCCAUCCUCAACGACAAGAAGAGGGUUCGGAAAGGGUUUUGGAAGCAGCCCCCGUUGAUCUGGGACGCCAACCCCGAGCGUGUGCGUAUCCUCAACCCCUACUACAUGGAAGUCACUGCUGCUAAACUCCUCAACCUCUCCAUGAAGCAACCUCGGAAGGUGAAGCAGAAGCCCACCACGGGGUUGUUGGCCAUCACCUUGGCUCUGCACUUCUGUGACCUGGUGCACAUCGCCGGCUUCGGCUACCCCGACUCGGCCAACAAGAAGCAAACCAUCCACUACUACGAGCAGAUCACCCUCAAAUCCAUGGCGGCGUCGGAGCACAACGUGUCUCACGAGGCCGUGGCCAUCAAGAGGAUGCUGGAGCUGGGGCUCAUCAGGAACCUCACCUACUUCUGAGGGGUCCUGGGGGGGCUGUGCAGGGGCUACACAGAGCCCCCCUCCCAGCUCCCCGAAGCCUGGACUGGGGGGCACACACACACACACACACACACAGAGAACGUGGCUGCAGCCACAGCAGAGGCCCAGCAGCCUCAUGGCCGCCGUGUGCUGGGGCCAGGGGGGCUCACGCUGGACCGUGCGUCCCCCCCAGAGUGGGGGGGGGUGUUUUUGGGGGGUGCAGGGAGCCCC